GAGAGGGAAAGGAUUGAUUAGCUUUUGAGUUGUGUCGCCCAAACAUUCAUCUCUCGCCAGCAAAACCCCAGUCUUCAUCACAACAUUAGUGGCGUCGGUAGUAGAGGCCGGGUGGUGACCAUCGGUCGGCCAUUUGCUCCCUUCUUCAUUCCUUUUUUCUUCAUUUAUGUCAACGACAGCAUGGCGAUUUCCGAUUUACUUUUUGAAAAUGCCGCGCACACAUUAUGUACAUUUUUCCCUAUCGAAGUGUACCUCCUCUCUCCGUUUUUAACUUUCCCUCUUAAGAAUGCACACCGCUGUUCUUUCCCAGUCAUUUUACACAAUUGUGUCCAUUUGUGACGAUUUUUCAUUUAAAUUGUGCAGUUUGGAGUUUUUUUAUAAGAUUUUUGGAUAUGCUUAUCUUCCAAAGAAAUUUGAUUUUUCGUCUAUUUUUAAAUUGUUCUGUUUUAUUGUGUUUUUUAUGUUUUUCAGAUAAAAAUAAAUAAUAAUGGCUGCUAAACGUUUUCUCAGUUUAUUCAAAUCAUCAAACAAACGAGAAAAGGAGAACAAUGAUCCAUUAAUGAGUGAAUACCAGUAUCACUUAAAUAAUGGACAGCGGAGAUCUCGUCGAGUUAACUUUCAAUCAGCUGAUGGAAGUUCAAAAAGGCGAAGUUGUGUUACUGAAGUAACUAAUGAUGAUGACGAUGGUAGUGAGAUAACUUUAACUGCUUCGGCGGCUAGUCGUCAACAACAUCCUAGCAAGAAAAUGCCUCCAAAUCCUUAUUUGGUUGUUACAGAACCAAAACAAAACCAUGGUCCUCGUUCAUGCCCCGGAGGGGGAGGGCAACAUUAUUUUGAUUUUGAUUCUCUCGACAAUGACGACAUUUCUGGAGCUAAUGGGGGAACUCUUGAUAGGUCUUUGGAAGCUCGUUCAGAAUUUAUUUCGAAUACACAACAGCAACAUAGACGAAGUAGUAGACGUCGAUUGCUUCCAUCAUCAGACGAAAAAUCAUCACAAUCCUCACAUCCUUUUAGUGAGAUUGGAAAUGGACGUGGAAAAGAAGGGCAACAACGCGAAAAUGGUGUUAAUUUUGGUGGUUCUUCUCGGUAUAAAAAUAUCCCGUGGGCAGCUACUAAUGUUAACAAUUGGAGAUUGGAAGGAAAUUUUGUAGGAAAACAGCAAUAUAUCAUUCAAAUAAGAGAACAACAACAGGAAAUACAUGAUUUGCAGAUUGCUUAUAGAGAUGAAAGAGGACGAAGAAAAACACUUCAACGAGAAUUACGUAGAGAACAAGAAGCUAAAGAUAGAUUUCAGUGUGAAGUAAGGAUUUGGAGGGGGGGGAGGGGGUUGGAAUUUUUAUAA